CCCGAGAACACUGGUUACAUCAGCACAGAGAAAUUUCGAAACCUCCUCCAAAGACAUAGCUCUGAACUGGAUCCACAUAAACUGGAAGUACUUUUGGCUUUGGCAGACAACAAUUCGGAUGGAAAGAUUUGUUAUCAAGACUUUGUCAACUUGAUGAGUAACAAGAGGUCCAACAGCUUCCGCCAAGCCAUUUUGCAAGGGAACAGGAGGUUAUGCAGCAAGGCCCUCCUGGAGGAGACGGGACUCAGCCUUUCUCAGCGGUUGAUUCGGCACGUGGCGUAUGAGACGUUACCCCGUGAGAUAGACCGGAAAUGGUACUACGACAGCUACACCUGCUGUCCUCCACCUUGGUUCAUGAUUGCCAUCACAAUUGUAGAGGUUGCCUUCUUUCUUUACAAUGGAGUGGUCCUGGAUAGGUUUGUGCUGCAAGUCACCCAUCCCUUCUAUCUGAAGAAUUCAUUAUUAUAUCAUCCUCAACUCCGUGCCCAGGCCUGGAGGUACCUCACCUACAUCUUCAUGCAUGCAGGGAUAGAACACCUUGGACUCAAUGUUGUCCUUCAGCUUCUCGUUGGAGUUCCUCUUGAAAUGGUUCAUGGUGCGACCAGGAUCGGAUUUGUCUACUUUGCUGGAGUGGUAGCAGGUUCCUUGGCAGUGUCCAUCGCUGAUAUGACUGCACCGGUUGUGGGUUCAUCUGGAGGGGUGUAUGCUCUUAUUUCUGCUCAUUUGGCCAAUAUAGUGAUGAACUGGUCUGGAAUGAAGUGUCAAUUCAAGCUGCUGCGCAUGGCCGUUGCCUUGAUCUGCAUGAGCUUUGAAUUUGGAAGAGCUGUGUGGCUGAGAUUCUACCCAUCUGCUUAUCCUCCGUGUCCUCAUCCCAGUUUUGUUGCCCACCUAGGUGGGGUGGGUGUUGGAAUCACCCUUGGCGUGGUUAUUCUAAGGAACUACGAGCAGAGACUCCAAGAUCAAUCAGUGUGGUGGAUCUUCGUUUCCAUGUAUGUGGUAUUUGUUCUCUUUGCCAUCUUCUGGAACAUUUUUGCCUACAGCCUGUUGGAUCUCAAACUACCUCCACUUCCUUAA